CCAACUGUCAAGUUUUAAAAACAUGCAAAUAUUCUGAAACCGUUGUGGCCGUUCUGCGGCUUCAGCAAACUUUUUAAGUCCGUUUAGGGAUCAAAAUAAGAAACAAAAGGUUAUCACAUCUAUUCUCCCACGGUGCGGUGUGGUUGUGAUCGCAUUGGUGUGGUGGCACGGUAACGGGCGGGAAUCGGGAGGAAUUGGCACGACUGGCACAGGCGCGUGUCGACGGUUAAGGACGGUAAAGAUAUCUGUGCUACAUUUGAGUUGAUCCGGUGCCGGUGUCGUUUUGAAAGAAUCCUUCAUUUGGCGUCACAGAUAAUUCUAAGGCAAGUCUCUCGUAACUCGUAAGGCCCAAUCGUUCCGAGAAGUUUACACGCUUUUAGGCUCUCAAUCAUGGCGCCGAUCAAGUUCGUUGCUCCUCUAAGGAAGAAUGGUGCAGCAAGUUCAUUUUCUUUUUCGUCGAAUAGCAGUCAAGGAAGUAUGCUUAAUCAAGACUCUAAUAAACUGCUGACACCAUCUGCACCCAUUAACAAGCCUUUAACUUUGAAACCAACUCCCGUCAAAGAGAACUCCAAAUCAAAGGCUUCAGGUUUUUCAGUCCCCAAGGAAAAACCUCUUGAAGUCUCAAGUCCUACGAAUAAUAGUACUGCUGUAGAGAAAAGGAAGCUGGAAUCCACCAGUAAAGACGAUUCAGCUGAACCUCCAGCUAAACAACAUAUUAUGGAAAUUCCUCCAACUAUUUCAUCUUCUUCAACUAUUAAGGUUGAAGUAGUAGAGGAUAAUAAUUUAAAUGACAAAGAAAAUUUAAAUCCUGAGUCUAGUUCAAAGAAAACAAAAGCUGAUAAAGAAAAGCCAAAACGUCCUUUCAAAUCAUUAACAAACCAAGAAUAUGAAAUGAUUUUCAAUGCAGUUAUAUCAAACUAUCCAACUACAGAGCCAGUGGAGCCAACCAAGUCACCUGAAAAGAAAAUCCAAGAAGAAAAUGGGGUUGAAGCUUCUGAAGUAUCAGAUGCAUUUCCAGGAACUUCUGAACCAGUAGAUGAAUCAACAGAUAUAUUAACAUUUUCUCAAAGUGAAUUGGAUUCCGAGGAUGAGACUGUUGUGGAAAUUAAUAAUACUGUUGUUGAGAACAAGACUCUAGUUUCAAAUGAGGUUUCUUCAAAAGAUGUAAAUGAAAAGAAUGAUCCUUUUUCAAACUCAAUCAAUACAACUACUGCUGACAAUUCUUUAACAUCUAAUCCUGCUGAGCAAAGCACCAGCCAAGAUCAGAUGAUGACACCAUCACCAUCAAUUAUUUACAUGUGUCAUGAAUCACAACCAGUUGCACCUGAAGACCUAUGUGAUGAGAAUACAACUGGAGAUUCUCAGACAGCUCAACAAAGCUCAAAAGAACCUGUUACUAUAAAAACUGAGAUAUUAUCUAUUGGAAGCAGUUCACAGAUCACCUCCACUCCCUUUGCUACUUCUCAGAAAAUGGAUUUCAAGCUCUCAUUAUCUCAAGAGCAAAACAUUUCGCCCAUCAAUACUUCAAAUGACUUCAACACGUUGUCACAGUUCUCUCAGUUGCUUUUAACUCCAGUUUCCACAUCAAAUAAAAAUGCAUCUGUGUCGGAGCUGCCUCUUGAACCCAAAACGCUUGUUAACUCUACAAGCAGACCAGGGUCUGUGAGAAAUGAGGGGCCCAAGACUCCAACAUCUGUAAGAACACCAGCCAGCUCAACAAUGUGCACUCCUCAGUCUAACCAGGAUCCAAAGACACUUGUGAGAACGCCAACCAUCUUGCAUACCCCCCAGUCAAGUCAGGAUCCAAAAAUACCUGUGAGGACGCCAGUGACUGUACGCACCCCUCAGUCAAGUCAGGAUCCAAAGAAAUCAGUUAGGACACCAGUGACUGUUCAUACGCCUCAGUCAAGUCAGGAUCCAAAGACACCUGUGAGGACGCCAGUGGCUGUACGUACCCCUCAGUCAAGUCAGGAUCCAAAGACACCAGUGAAGACGCCAGUGACAAUACGUACCCCUCAGUCCAGUAAAGGUCCAAAGACACCUAAUUCUAAUGAAGAGAACAGUUCAGUGUCUUGUACUCCUAACGGCAGUCAACAGUUCAUCCAAGAAAUUCAAUUUACUCCACCCCCAUCAAACUUAACAGCAAGGGAUAGGCUGAAAUGGAUUCAAAAGAAGCGCUUAGCAGGCAAUUGGGUUCGGUGUGAUAAGGAGGUGUGUGGAAAAUGGCGUUAUCUACCUGACUGCCAUGACCCCACUACUUUACCGGAUGAGUGGUUUUGUAACAUGCAUCCAGAUGAGGAACAGAACAAUUGUAAUGCUCCAGAAAAACGUGAGUCCCUUCGAGUAGAAGAAGAUAUGAUCUUCAGCGAGUACUCUCCUGGAUCUCUUGUUUGGGCAAGGCUGUCAGGAUAUCCUUGGUGGCCAGCUAUGGUAGAAGAUGACCCAGAUUUAGAAUGUUUUUUUUGGCUCAAUGAAUUUUCUGAUAUUCCGACUUGGUACCAUGUUGUCUUUUUUGAUGACGACAAAAGAUCUUCUUGCGCAAGAGCUUGGAUAAGAGAUGGAGCGCUUAAGAAGCUAGAUGACCUGGAUGUGGAAGACAUAGAAAAUAGUGCAUACAACUAUAGAGUGGCUGCUGCUUACAAGAAGGCGUGCAGCGCCAAAAACUUACCUGUUGAAGAUCGAUUAGCACAACACAGUUUUGCGGCUUGCUACAAGGGACCCAUUGGAGGUCCAUCAAAAACUCUGUAUGAAGGCCCUAUAGGUUACCGACAAGCAGCAACAUAAAUUUUGCACUUUACUUUGAUAUGGAAGGCCUGUAGAGGGGUCUCACAAAGUAUAAAUUAAUCUGAGUAUGUAAAAACAUUACUCACUGAAUAGAAAAGACCGUUUUGUUUUUGACAAGAAAAGAUUGUUUAAUUCUGUAUUUUAAUAUUUAUAUGAUUUGUUGUUGUAUUGUUGUGGGCUGAUAAAGCUUGUCUUAUUUUUUUUCUUCUGAGAGGUAUAAUCACACUUCUGUUAUGUUUUUGUAAAAUAAAAUCAGUACAUUAUUUUAUCUAAGUACAUUUUAAUAAAUUUUUUCAACAUUCA